ACGAUGGCGACGGGCAAGCGACGCCAGAGCAUCGAGGUGUUCCGGCUGCGGCUGCGCGAGACGGUGAACGAGGGCGACGACGGCGAGAGCGUCGGCAGUGGCAAUGGCAGCGCGCGCAGCCUGCUGAGUCUGCCGGAGCAGGAGCAGGUCGCGCACCCGAGCCCCAGUGACGUCGGCCUGCUGCGCACCAAGGAGAAGCUGCAGCAGCGGCGGAAGCAGAAGCAGAAGCAGAAGGAGGAGCGACAGUCGCUCGAGAAGGUCGAGAAGGUCGAGAGGACGGUCGCGAGGCAGCGACGGGUGCGCGUGGAGAUCAACAUUGACGAAGACAGCGAGGAGGAGUUUGCGCCAGGACAGGAGAUCAAAAUCGACGAGGACAGUGAGCAGGAGGAAGAGGAGGAGGAAGAUAUCGACGGACGCGAGCCCAGUGAGCGCUGCAAGCCGCGCUUGCUCGCCUCAAUGUCGUCGGGCGCCGACAGCAGCACUCGGACGAUGCACUGCAGCCUCGAUGCCGCGGAAUCCCCGCCCACCGCUGCGGACGUCGGAGAGGUCCUAGCCAUCGAGGCUGUAGCGCAGCUGGAUGAGAACAUUGACGACGCUACGGAGCCAGGAGACGCGCUCGCUCCGGAAGAACUACAGACUACUAUGACCGCAAAUGCCGAAAUGCAGGCGGUAUCGCGAUCCAAAUCGCCGUCGGCUGCUCAACCGAAGGACAAUAUCCGCGAGUCGAGACGGGUCGUGCUCGUGACGCGUCCGAGCCAGCGGGAUAUUGAAAUGUGGACGGAGCGCGCCACGAGCACGAUGGUCAAGUCGACGGGCAGCAGUGCGCGACCGACGCCAACGAGCGCGCAGAGUCGGCGGUGGGUGCUCGAGUACAAGCCCGUCGUCCGGCACUCGGGUUGGCUUAUCAAACGCGGCCACGGACUGCGCAACUUCAAGCGCCGGCUGUUCUGCAUUGUGGACGACGAACUUAUCUAUCACGACACACAUGACGCGACGGAGGUGCGCGGCAGACUGGAUCUCACGCGUAAGAGCACGGUUCAAUGCAUGCUGCACAGUGGCUUCAAGCUCGCGCAGGGCAGCUACAGUAUGGUGCUGUACGCUAUGGACAACCACGACCGAGACGUCUGGAUUCGAAAACUACAGGAGCACAACGUGCAGGUCCUACCCGAGGGCGCCAAGACUGCUAAACUUAUGAAGCAGCACAGCGACAAUGCAGACAAAGGCGACCCGAUUCUCUUUUCCGGUUGGCUACGCAAGCGUGGUCGAAUGGUAAAGUCCACGAAGCGCCGCUGGUUCGAGCUCUCGAACUCGACGCUUUCGUACUACGCACACCCGCAGGGCGGUUCUCGUAAAGGAACUAUUGAUGUCUCCCACGCGCGGGUAUCCCCUGUAGACACCCUCAAGACGGGUGAACGACACAGCUUCCAGAUCUGUACCCCCAGUCGCAACCUGUUCCUGCACGCUGACAGUCAAGAAGAGCGAUCGCUUUGGUUGGCUGCGCUUGCGUCGGUAGGCGAAGGUGGUGCCAACGCUACCCAGGGUGGGUCGACGUCAUCUAAACCCGAUGCCAACGACUUUGCCAUGCCUACCAGCGCAACGGAGAUCGGCCGAAUGUGCAAGUGUGGAGCGAUGGAUGAAGGCGGCGCAGCCGUGGACGGUGUGUGCCGACGCUGUAUGUCAUCUUUUAUUUCAAACACGGAGGACGCCAUGGUGGAUGUAGCGCGUGAAGUUCAACUGCUAUUGGCGUCUCCGUACUCACCGGAGGGCUGCACCUCGGCGGCAUUCCUGAAAGAACACUCGGGUCGUCCGGUGCCCAACGCAACUGUACGAGAGUUCAUGAGCGGACUGUCGGACUACUUGAUCCAUACCCGCUUGAAGGAGCUUCUGAUGCUCGCAGGCGUUGCUCAGUCUGAAAGCAGCUCCGAUAGCGACUCGGACGACGAUGGCGUCAAGGACACUGUAAGAGCCAACCCAGCUCACCCGCAAGAUGCAGCUGUGAUCAGCGAGAUCACCAACAACAUCCAGGUUAUCGUUCACGAACAGAUCGAGGAGCGCGUAUUCUUCCCUCUCUAUCGCGUCAUUUUGGCCAACGUGCGAGCACAAACUCGUGAAGAUGCGAAGCUGCUGAAGGGAAAGAUCGAGAUCCUGCGCAACAAGUCGCAGGCAUUCUUCGGCAUCAGCCCCGACAGCAUGUCGUCGACUAAAUGGUAUUCGGCCUGUGUAAAGCUGCGGGAGGUUGACAAGUUGCUGGCAGCGUGCAAGGAGAUCUACGCUGUCUACCAUACCGAACAUCCUACGCAGCCGCCCAUGAGCGCUGAUGCAUUUAUCCCAGCGUUUAUCUACGUGCUCGUCCACGCGCACCUAAGAGACCCCGUGGCACUCAAGGAGUUGAUCACCUUCUUCGACGCGGGCAGCCAACAGGGUGAGAUCGCGUACUUCGUGACGUGUCUCGAGAUCGCGCUCGAGUACAUCCGGUCGCUGCUGACGGCGUGCACCGUGGUGCUGUCCUCCGACCGCAAGCUUGGCAUUGAGUUCUCGAAGCACCCCGAGGCCGAUGUGGUGGUUGUUCAUCGACUGGUUCCGGGCGAACAGGCCCAGCAGAGUGGUGCGAUCAACGUGGGCGAUGUUCUUGUCGCCGUGAACGGACUACCAGUGUACGAGAUGGAGCUGGCGGAGGUCGUGAAGCUCUGGCGAGGUGUUGACGGCGAGGCGGAGUUCUGUUUCCUGCCCAUGGACGAGUAUCUGAGAAAGUAUGGCACAUCGUAA